UCUUCUCCAAAAUCCUCUGCGGAUGCCGUGGCGAGAUUCCGAAUCCGAGGCCCCUCAAUCUACCGAUCUUUUUCACCGAUCGCGUCGCUCGAUUUCGUCGAUCGCUCGCCCCGCUCUCGAUCGGGCUUAGUUGAUGGAUUGGGGGUUUCGCGGCGAUCUGAAUUGGAUGCAGUGUUGGAAUCAUCGGUUAGAUCGGAGAAAAAGAACUGAGAUCAGCUGAGAGAGAUUUUAAGGGAAAAUGGGUGGUCUUUGUUCGAAGGGAUCCGCAGUGGAUAAAUCCCCAAGUGAUACUACACUAGAACCAAAUGGUUUUAGAAAUUCAGGUCCAAUUUCGUACCAAUCUCGGAGGAAAAAGCCCGAGGAGUCGGCGGCGGAAGCCGCCGGAAAAGUCAUGGAGAAGCAGCUUCAGGAACCAGCCUAUUCAUUCUCCGAGAGGAUGGCGGUGUCCUCGGCAAAUGCCGCCGAGUCCGACACGCCGCAGCUUUCUAGGGCUAUGUCGCAGAAAUCUGGGUCAACUAAGUCAAAAACAACGUCUUCCGCAAAGACUGGGUCUACCAAGGCUUCAGAAGUGAGUUCAAUUUUGGGCAGAGCUGGUACUGUCGGGCUCGGAAAAGCAGUCGAGGUAUUGGACACACUUGGCAGUAGCAUGACAAGUUUGAAUCUAAGUAGUGGUUUUGUAUCGGGAGUGACUACAAAGGGAAAUAAAAUAGCCAUUCUAGCUUUUGAGGUUGCCAACACUGUAGUUAAAGGUUCCAAUCUUAUGCAAUCACUUUCCAAGGAGAGCAUCAAACACCUUAAAGAAGUUGUUCUUCCCUCAGAAGGAGUGCAGAAUCUCAUUUCUAAAGAUAUGGAUGAGUUGCUCAAAAUUGCUGCUGCUGACAAAAGGGAAGAAUUAAAAGUGUUCUCUAAAGAGGUUGUUCGGUUCGGAAAUCGUUGCAAAGAUCCUCAGUGGCACAACUUGGACCGCUAUUUCGACAAAUUGGCAUCAGAGCUUACACCUCAAAAUCAUCUGAAACAAGAAGCAGAAACAGUGAUGCAGCAGCUAAUGAUGUGCGUCCAGUGUACCGCUGAAUUAUACCACGAGUUACAUGCCUUGGAUAGAUUUGAACAAGACUAUCGGAGGAAAAAUCAGGAAGAGGAUGGUUCAAAUGCUAUUCAAAGAGGUGAUAAUCUUCAAAUUUUAAAGCAAGAACUGAAAAGCCAAAGGAAGCAUGUAAAAAGCUUACAGAAGAGGUCACUCUGGUCCAAGAAUUUGGAAGAGGUCAUGGAGAAACUUGUAGACAUUGUCCACUUCUUACAUUUGGAGAUAUAUGAUGCCUUUGGAAGGGCUGAUAAUGAAGAAGUGCCAGAAGCAUCCACCAGUCGUCGUAAAAGAUUGGGGCCUGCAGGCCUUGCGUUGCACUAUGCAAACAUCAUCACUCAGAUAGAUACUCUUGUAUCUCGAUCGAGUUCAGUCCCUCCAAAUACAAGGGACGCAUUAUACCAAGGACUGCCACCCGGCGUGAAAUCAAAUUUACGUUCUAGAUUGCAGUCAUUUGAAGUCAAGGAAGACUUUACGGUCCCUCAAAUCAAAGCAGAAAUGGAGAAAACGCUCCGUUGGCUUGUCCCAAUAGCCAAUAACACAACCAAGGCGCACCACGGUUUUGGUUGGGUCGGAGAGUGGGCAAACACAGGGACGGAGGUGAACCGAAAGCCGCCGGGGCAGGCCGACUUCAUCCGAAUAGAGACACUCCACCAUGCUGACAAGCAAAAGACCGAAGCAUACGUCCUCGACUUAGUAGUGUGGCUCCACCAUCUCAUAAGUCUCUCCAGGCCCGCAAACGGAGGCGUACGAUCCCCAAUAAAAUCCCCCGUUCGGUCCCCAACACAAAGGGGCAUAACAGUCGCACUACCCGCGAACAAAGCAAGCAAUUCAUCAUCGCCGAUACUCACCCAGGAAGACCAAGAAAUGCUAAAAGACGUCAAAUUCCGAAAGUUCAUCCCGGGAAUAAGCAAAAGCCAGGAGUUCGAUAUGAAGAAGCCGAGGUUGAAUAAACACAGUAGGUUGAGCAAGAGUAAUAACCAUUCUCCUACAAGUAGUAGUAGUGGUAGUAAAAAGGACUUUUUCCCAGUGAGGAGGCCUUCCAUGCUACCUGUCAUCAACUUUGAUAUUGAUAGGAUAAAGGCUUUGGAUGUCAUUGACAGAGUGGAUGAUCUCAGGAAGCUAUAAAUGAGCUCUUUUUCCUUUUUUUUUCUGUGGAAGUUGUGGUGAGAGGAUUUAUGUGCUUCUUGGGUAUGGAAAAGCCAAUGUAUGAGGGAGCAGUGUGAAGUGGUGUUUGUAUGUAGGAGGGGAUGCUGAUCAUGGCUGGUUUGUAUUAUAUUAUGCUAUUGGGGCCAUAACUAGAUGGGCUAAAAGAAAAGGGAAAAGCAAAGAGGGGGGAUGGGAGUUGGGUGCUGUAGUAGUUUCUCUACUUGUACAAGUUCUUAAUAAUAAAGCUUUGCAUACAGCUCUUUCCAUCAA